GCCCAGUUUUGGGCUAUGAGUUUGUCAUCCUGCCAGUCCCAGCCCUAUCUGCUCAUCACCAGCUCCAGUGGAGGGGCUGAUUCAGCCUGGCCCUUUAAAAUCCAGACCCUGGAAUGUCAGGGCCUGAGAAUUCUGAGGAAGAGACAAGCUACAACAAUUGGAGGAGUGAGCCAAGAGAAGCCUAUGGGGGGGAAGGAGAUAGGAGAACCUUCUCGAGCCCAAAUGGGAGAAGGGAGAACCACCAAGGGACGAGGGAAAAACUUGAGGGCCCGGCUGGCCUGGUGUGAAGGAGCCCAGGUGCAGCGGCUGGCGCCUUCUCAGACCCCUAUCCCAGCUCAGGGACAGCAACUGGCAGAGCUAGAUGGUGUUCUGGAGCCCCCAGUAGCAACAGGCAGGAGGAAUGUCAACUACAGUCGAGAGAGAGUUCCAAAAAUCACACCAGGAGUUGGUCAGAUGGUGCUGCACAUUCUCAGCCUCAUCUCAGAACAAGACAGAACUAAUCUGAAGGGGCGGUAUCCGUGGCUGGAUUCCAUCGGAGGCAGUGGUACCAGCAGGGAGCAAGUUGUGGCGAAGUCUCAGACCGGGAAACACUCGGAUCUGUUCCAAGCCAGGGAGCAGGAGGCAGGAGCAGGAGGAGCAAGAGGGAGGCUGACUACAUUGGCUCCUGGGGGGUCAGAGCAGACCCUGGGACGGGGAGAAGCUGCAGAGAAAGGGCCUUUCAAUGACAGGGCUAAGGGAAGGCGGCCCCGCUCUGGGGCCGGGGCCGGGAAAGACUCUUUCCGCUCAGAAAAGGACAGGACGGAGUACAUUUCAGUAUCAGCAUCAGCAUCAACCACCAUGAGCGUUCAGGGGUGUGAGGUUAAAGCCCAGCCUCGUUCUGAGAAGUCAGCAAAAGGAUGUCAUGAGAAUCAAGAAUAUCUCCAAUGCUCAUUUUCCCCAGCGGAUAGGAACAAGGGACUUGGGCAUGGACUCAAGAAGACCAGAGGUGGAGGUGCAGGUCUCAAGUCUGGUAUGGGAAGCCCUGGUCCCAAUGGCGAGGAACAGGGACUAGGUCAUGGAUUCAAGAAGAGCAGAAAUGGAAAUUCAAGCGUCAAGUCUGGUGUGGAAAGUUCUGGGGAAGAGCAGGUUCUAGUCCAUGGAUGCAAGAAGACUAGAGGUGGAAGUUCUGGUGUCAAGAAUGGUAUGGAGAGUAUUGGGGAAGAACAGGGAUUGGGGCAUAGGUUCAAGAAGACCAAAGGUGGCGGUCUGGCUGUCAAGUCUGCUGUGGAGAAACCUGUGCCUGGUGGGGAAGAGCAGGGGCUGUCUGCAUCUAAGAAGAGCAAAAAUGGAGGUUCAGCUGUCAAGUCUGGUGCAGAGUGUGCCAGUCCCAGUGGGGAGGAGCAGGGAUCCAAGAAGACCAGAGGCGGAGGCACAAGUACCAAGAGUGGUAUGGAGAACGCGGGUCCCGGUGGGGAGGAGCAGGGACAGAGGCCUGGAUACAAGAAGAGCAGAGGUUCAGCCACUAAGUCUGCUAUGGAGAAAAGCAGUCCCAGUGGGGAAGAGCAGGGACUGGGAUACAAGAAGACCAGAAAUGGAGGUUCAGCUGUCAAGUCUGGCACAGAGAGCUCUGGUCCCAGUGUUGAGGAGCAGCUAGAGUCACCGGACCAGGCCUUUCUGGAUCAGCAGACCGAAGACAAAGAACUGGUGGAGAAGGAACUAGCAGGCCCAGACCACAUGGGGCAACCAGGAACACCAAACUCCCAGGACAGCCAAGUCCCUCAGAACAUCUGGAUACCCUCCCUGAAAGCUGAGGAAGACUCGGAGCAGCUUGAGGACAACACCCCGGACCAAAGCAUCCAUCUAAGAUCUGAGGAUGAUGAAGGGUCCUCCCUGCUGCCCACACCACUGCCCAUGGAGAGAGCCUCGUCGAACAGCUCCUACACCCAGCGCAGCCCAACGCCCUUACAGCCUGAGGUGGGGGAAGAGGCUCCUAAGGCCCAGCUGGUACAAAGCCCAGCAGUGCCUCCUAUUCAUCGUCCAGGUAAAAUAGUCCCAACAGAGAAGGAUGACAGGGAGGAAGAGACUGAUGAAGACUGGAAGGAAGAAGAAGACUCCUUUUUAACUUGGCAGCUGCAGGCCUGGGGCAGCACAUCCUGGAGGUCAGCUGUGUCCCUGAACCUAGCAUCCAGCCCCACCCAGGCCUCGAAUUCCCCAGUAGUUCCAAGCAACCCAGAAAAGAAUUGGAAGAAGGCAGAGCUGCAUCGGAAUUUGGACAGGCCAAAUAACAAGACUCGGUCUGUGGCCGCCUCCACAAUAAGAAGGAUGGAGGCUGCGGCUCGGCCUGUCGCCUCCCACAUUUACAGAAAAGAUAGUGACCCUGUUCCUGUUGCUCCCAAUUUCAAGGAAUGGAAGGAUGAGAUUCUCACUCAGAAGCAAGAGGAAGCUUUUAGAGACUACUUCAAGUUUUUCUGUGGUCCUGGAGAAAUUGACAUCCACAGCCUGAAGAACAUCCUGUCAAUAGUGGGGAUAUCCAGGACUCAAACUGAGAUGGCUGACGUCCUGAUAAGUGCUGAUGUGAAUGGUGAUGGACAUGUGGAUUUUAGAGACUUCCUGUCUGUCCUGACAGAUUCUCACCGGUUCUGUCGAUCUGUGGAACAGAACAACAGCCCUUCAUCAAAUAUUCGAAAUCCCCAUACUCUCUUCUUUGAAAUCCUGUCCCAGUUGGUAGAGAUGCUAGCUUUGCCUGAAACCUCUUUGGAAGAGAUCACCAAUUAUUAUCAAAAGAAGAUGAAAUGUAUGUCAAAGUAUAAAGAACAUUCUGCUAAUAGUACCCGACAACCUCAUCCCCACAAGAGAAGCUUCUCCCGAACUUCGGAUAUUACUCCACAAGAGCAAAAGGUUUUGAACAUCAUGGACCGGAUCAAGCGGCAAAACCACUCUACCUUCCUACAGAGCCCCUACGCACCCCAGGCAACCACCUAUCCGCUGUGCCCCCGGUUGGACAAGAAGGGGACUCGCCGGAGGCAGGGCUCUCAUGUCGUCUUGGAAGAGUAUAAGCCCAUUGACCUGACCACUGACUUCAGGACCUUCUUUCAGAUGGGAACCAAGGGAGGCAGGAAGCUCAGACCCGCUCUUUCUAAGUGGUUCCCCUCAAUGAACACAUACUAAGGGCUGCCAGGAGCCCCCGGAACCCUUCCUCCCCUUUGGCUGAGGCUCUUCCCAAGCCUGGGGAUCCCAGGAGCCGCCUAGGCUAGGUACCGAUCUCCGUGUUCAGCCUCCCCAGCUAAUAAACAGAAACGUGCCAUUGCUCAUCUCCUGGUUCCCGGUGGGUAGCCAUCAGACAAGGGGACUCCUGAGGAUCAAGACCAUCUCCUUCUCUGACUGAAAUCCCCGUGGGCAGGGAACCAACCUC